UGAGGUGGGCGCACAACUUCUGCACCGACAUCAACAAACACUCCCAGCAGCAGCUCGGUGUUGGGCACAGUGAAACUCGGAGCAGAUGUUUGGAUGAGAACACUUUUGAGUGAUGAGAUUUUUAAGAAGUGACUUAAACAGAAGACUCAAUUAAGGAUUUUCUUGCAUUGCAAUUUGGGAACUUUUGAAGGGCUUUUGUUGGCGGAAAGAUGACGGAUGUGUGGAUCGCCGCGUUUCUCUUUCAGUAACUCCAUCUCAAUGAAGAUUGUGUAACCCGGUGAGCCCACAGGAGCAGGGACCGUGAACCCAGCGGCUCGCCGGGAUGGUGUGCCUGCUGAACUGCCUGCUGCUGGGAUAUCUGACCUGGAAUCUGCGGAUAUCGGACGCUCAGGGGGAGUACUGCCACGGCUGGCUGGACUCUAAUGGGAAUUAUCAUGAUGGCUUCCAGUGUCCGGAGGACUUUGACACCAUGGACGCCACCGUGUGCUGCGGCUCCUGCUCGCUGCGCUACUGCUGCGCGGCCGCGGACGCACGGGUGGAGCAGGGCGGCUGCACCAACGACCGGGAGGUGGACAACACCGAGUUCGCAGCGCAGCCCAUCUACGUCCCCUUCCUGAUGGUGGGCAGCAUCUUCGUGGCCUUCGUGGUGGUGGGCUCUCUGGUGGCGGUCUACUGCUGCACCUGCCUGCGGCCCAAGCAGCCGACCCAGCAGCCAAUCCGCUUCUCCCUGCGUAGCUUCCAGGGGGAAACCAUCCCCAUGAUCCUCACCUCCGCUCCCCCCAGCCUCCGCGCCCCCUCCAGACAGUCCAGCACGGCCACCACCAGCUCCAGCUCGGCCGGGGGGGGCAGCUCCAUGCGGAGGUAUUCUCUCGGGGGUCCGGGGCAGCAGCACGGCUGUUUGGUGUCUGCCACCAUCUCCUCCAACCCCACUCAGACUCUGCCUCCACCUCCACCUCCCCCCUACAUGUCCCCACCCACAUCAGGGGGCAUGCAGCACCCACUCCCCUCCACCCUCACCCACACCCAGCUGCAGCUCCACCAGACCUCCAUGUCCUCUCACUCGGCCCAGGCCUUCCUCCUGCCGCAGCAGUACUUCUUCCCCCUGCAGCCCGACCCCUUCUCCUCAGCGAAGGGCUUUGCAGACUUCGGACAGAGUUGACAGCUCCCGGCGGGGCAAACAGAGGGAUUACAAGAUUUCUAGAAGGUUGGAUGUGAGCCGGCGAGGACAGACACACUGCAACACAGCUGGUGGUGUUUGGGUGGAAGGCCUGGGCCGGCUAAAAGGACACAGAGGGUCCGACAAGGGGGAUAAAGUACGACAAAGCGGCGCGGCCUGAGGCGUUUCCCCCCUUCUGCAUCACAGGACACAUCAGCAGACCUGUCAGAGGCUGGAGUCCCAUCUUGUGCACUUUUAUCUUAUAUUGUAAACAGACCUCACUGGCAUUACCGUCUAUUUUGAUAAAGGGCUGGACAGCUUACAACACAGACUAAAAUCUUGCCAAGUUAUCACAAACCUUCCUCAUAAAACUGAAACACUUCACAGGCAAGCGGCGCUGAGACUCAUUGCUACAUGAUUUAAAGUAGAUGUUGGAAACCAGGGAAGUAUUGCUUUUUUUGACAAUCGCAAGGACCUCGACCGGACACACAGAGGACUUUAUAUUUGGAGGAAAUUUGUACUUUUAUAUGAUUUUGUACAAACAUUGUUCCCAGAGCAAGGUUGUCAUAUUGAUUCCCUAAUUUACAGCCAAUAAAACGUUGUAUCUCAA